UAAAAUAUCAUAUCUUAUCAUUAUAUGAUCAUACUAAAGAAACUAAACGCCAUUUCUUGCAACUCUUCUCUCAUUUCUCUCUCUCUUUAGACUUCAAGCACUGAUGACUUGUUUUCUCUUGAUUAAGAAGAUCAAUGUUUUGAACCUUGGGUUCACUUUUUCUAAAAAAACAAAACUAAAUUACAUGCAAGCUUUGUUUUGAUUUUUUGAGUAUGUAACAAAAACAAUCAUGUUUCAUGGAUUCAUAAAGUCAUGUUUUUUGUUCAUUAAUUAGCUAGCUUAAACUUUUGAUGUGUAGUUUUUUUUUUCUUUUUCCUGCAAUAAGAAUAGAUAUGGAAAAACAUCAAGGUGAUUUAUCAGACAUGCUCCGCGUUUGUGGUGGGGGGGAUGAUGGAAUCAGCUGUACUAGUACCAGAAAGAAUAAGUUGUCAGCUGCUUCACCUAGUUGGGAGUUUCCGGCAGAGACCAUCAAAUUCUCAACCGCGAUGGAAGAACCCAUCGAUAAUUUUGGCGAUCCUUUUUCUAGUACUCGAGAUCCAUUGCUUCAUGAUUUAGACCUAGCAGGUGUUGGUGGUGGAAUCUUUGAUAACAGUACUUCAUCUAGUUCAGUGGAUCCAACAAUUAAUAUGAAUAUUACCGAAGGUGAUAUGAUCACCGGUGCUACUACUAAUAAUAAUAGUGUUUGCAGUAAUCUUCUUGCUCAAAGGAUUUUGGAUGAAGAGAUGAUGAAAAGACCUAAUUGUCAUGUCUUCUCAAGGAUGCUUCAGCUCUCUCCUAAUAUAAAGAUACCUAUUUCAGCAUCACCUCGCGAUUUAUCUUCAUCGGCGGUUGCAGCAACUGUUUCUUCACCUAAAGAAAAUUUAUCAUUAAGUUCUACUGGUCAAUUAAUUGUUACUCAUGAUAUGAUCAAAGGAAUAAAUACUUCUUCUGUCGGUUGUGGUUCCCUCAAUAAUAGUUCAGUACAGAUCUCAUCUCCGCGAUAUAAUCAUGCAGGCAUAAAGAGAAGAAAGAGUCAAGCAAAGAAGGUUGUCUGCAUCCCAGCACCAGCAGCUGUGAACAGUAGACCUAGCGGUGAAGUUGUUCCUUCAGAUUUAUGGGCUUGGAGAAAAUAUGGCCAAAAACCCAUCAAAGGUUCUCCUUUUCCAAGGGGUUAUUAUAGGUGUAGUAGCUCAAAAGGAUGUUCAGCUAGGAAACAAGUGGAAAGAAGUAGAACUGAUCCAAACAUGUUGGUCAUAACCUACACGUCCGAACAUAAUCAUCCGUGGCCGACGCAAAGAAAUGCCUUAGCUGGCUCGACAAGAUCUCAACCAACGAAGAACCAUACUAGAAGUUCAAAGCCUUCACUAUCUUCAUCACCUCAAACUAACAAGUUCACAAAUUUAUUGAUGAAAGAAGAGCAUAAUGAAAACAGUAUGAUCGACGAGAAUCCAUCACUGUUUAAUGAUACUGAAUCUUCAUUGUUCAUGGCUUCUUCCAUUAAAGAGGAAACGGGAGAGACUAGUAUUGAUCAUCAUCAUCAAAACUCAUCAUCAAUAGAUCAUGCGGUUGAUGGAGAUGAUAAUCAGAUGCGUAAUCAAGGUUUUCAUGGGAGUUAUCACGAUGAUUCGGUAUUACCGGAUGUAACAAAUCAUUCAGACGAUUUCUUUGCCGAUUUAGGAGAAUUGGAGCCAGAUUUGUUAUUCCCACCACAAGGAUUCGGUGGAGAUAAAUCAGAUGGGAAAAUAGAAAACAAGGGUUUGGAUCCAUUCAGUUUAUUUGAUUGGACAGGAAAUAGCAACAGCAACAGAAACAACGACUGUUUUAGUCAAGAACCUAGUAAGAGGGGUUUAUGACUAGACCAUGAAAUAUAACACACUACGCCCACUAAACGCAACAAACACAUUGCUGGCUUUUAUUUGUGGUGCUUUUUUCAUUUCAAGGUCUGGUUAUAAACCCUUCUACCCAGUUUAAGUUUGAUUAUAUGAAUGAACAGAUUGUGCACUUUUUGUUUUUUUGUUGAUAGUUUACUUGAUGAUCAUCAACUGUAUCUAGACUGCACUAUAGGAGAAUGAAAAGGAAGACGAGAGGAGAGGAGAGAGAUAGAUAGGGUUGGGAGCAGACCCAUGAGAUGAGACCCACAUUCUUUGGAAUACUAGUGGGAUUUGACAGAAAGCAAAGGAACAGAAGGUUUCAACAGUUACGGUAAGUACAUAUAUAUAUAUCUCACAGACAUGGCAUAGAAUUGAAGAUGAUGAUUACCAAUGGAUACUUUCUUCUCCUUGUUUUUCUCUCUUUCUCCUUCUCUUAUUAUCUCACAAAGUGGGGAAAAUAUAAAAAGACAAUGUGUAACACAAUAUAGUUAGUUGAUGGUUUGAUGGGAUGAAAGAUUUGACAAGAGAGAAACGCAAGUGGGAAACGAUGGGAAAAAGUUUGAGUUUUCCAAUCAAUACCCACAUUGGAUUAUGCAUAUAAUUAAGUGUCGACGGGAAGAAAAGAGGUUUAAAUGAACAGCAAUGCCACUUUUAAUUUUUUAGGGUUCCACUUCCUCAUCUUUGUGAUACUUUGUUUUCUCACUUGUUGGAUAUUUUGUACUACUACUUUUACGUAUUCUUCAUUAAUUUAUUUAUACAUCU